AUGACAUCAAAUAGCAAGAAGUUAGACGGGGCAAUUGGUGCACCAAGUACGCUAAUGAAAUGUAGACGUGUAAAGUUUUGCACAGAUUUCGAAAAGUCUAUUGUAAUAAAAUGUUUCAAGUCUCGAGGCUGGGAGCAAGUAGCAGUACAAGAAGACUGGCAUAUUUAUUGGGCAAAUACACAAAACUCGCGAAACAUAUUUAGCAUCACCAACGGCCUUCGGCUCAGCGACAAUCAGAUAAUUAAUCAUUUCCCGACACACGCUGAAUUAGUUCGGAAAGAUUUACUUGUAAGAAAUAUAAAGAGAUAUAGAAAAGAAUUAGAAAAAGAAGGCAACCCACUUGCAGCAAAAAUUGAAGUAAAAGAAAAAGGACAUACCGUCAUUCGCUAUAUGUAUUUAGAUUUUAUACCAACCACAUUCGUCCUUCCAUCAGACUACAACAGGUUUGUCGAAGAAUACCAAAAAUAUCCUCAAACCACGUGGAUAUUAAAACCUUGUGGUAAGUCUCAAGGAGCUGGCAUUUUCCUAAUAAACAACUUGUCUAAACUGAAGAGAUGGUCUCGGGAGUCCAAAAACUAUUUGCAACAUCAUUUAACUAGCAAAGAUAGCUAUGUAAUAUGUCGCUAUAUAGAUAAUCCCUUACUCAUAGGAGGAAAGAAAUUCGAUUUAAGGAUUUAUGUUCUAGUUACUUCAUUUCGUCCCUUGAAAGCCUACAUGUUUCGUAACGGUUUUUGUAGAUUUUGCACGAUGAAAUAUGACAAGAGCGUUGCAGAGCUCGACAACAUGUAUAUUCAUCUAACAAACGUUAGCGUACAAAAACAUGGAGGGGACUACAAUUGUUACCAUGGAGGGAAAUUGGGUAUACAGAAUUUAAGGCUCUAUUUGGAAGGGACUAGAGGUCGCAAAGUGACUGAUCGAUUAUUCGAAAAUAUAGAAUGGUUAAUAGUUCAUUCUUUAAAGGCCGUAAUGAAUAUUAUGGCGAAUGACCGACAUUGCUUUGAGUGUUACGGUUAUGACAUUAUCAUUGACAAUAAAUUAAAGCCUUGGCUUAUAGAGGUAAACGCUUCACCAUCAAUGACUGGAACAACCGUAAAUGACAGAAUUCUUAAGAAUAAGCUCAUAGAGAAUCUUUUAUCAGUAGUUUUACCCCCAGACGGUAUACCUAAUGCACGAUGGAAUAAAAAUCCAAGUACCGAAGCACUGGGGGAGUUUCAAAUACUUAUAGAUGAAGAAGCAGAAAAAAAGAAUGAUGAAGUAAGAAGAUAG